CUCUUAGAGUGUUAUCCGCUUUAGAAGGCUGCUGAAGGUGUAUUUUAAAGCAACAUUGAACAAUGUAGAUCUCGAGGAUGUGUCAUUGUGGACUGGAAGAUGAAGGCAUUACAAUGUCUCGCCACCCCAUCCAUGGCAACCGACUACACAUGCUCAAACCGUCCGCAUUCUUCACUCCCGCAAAUCGGUCCAUCAGAACUGUGUAGUCGGAAGCUCAUUGGUCACUGCUACGCCAAUCAUCAGAUUCGCCAAUGCAGCCGCAACUUCACCGCCUCAACCGCAGCACAACUCUCCGCAAGUCCUCCUGCCCCGCCUAGGCACCGACUCUCCUUCACCUAAACGUAUGUGCGACCUCUCUUUUACCAUUUGCCCUCUCGAGAAGGUUCCUCUUUCUCAAGUUCCUGGUUGGAUGUUUCAGAAUCGAUGAAAUGGAUAGCUCCACCGACGCUUCCCUACCACUUCGCCCACCGCGGGUGCUAGCCGUCGAAGAAGGCAAGGACUACCUUCUCGAGCCUGAGGACGAACUGCCGUACCGUCUCAUCAGGAGCCUGGGCCAUGGUCACAGCGGCAACGUGGAAGAAGUUGAAGAUACUGUAACAGGCGCUGUUUUCGCUCGAAAAACCAUCCGCAUAUAUGGGCCACGUGAUAAAGACGGGAGGAGACGAGUUUUCGACAACGAAAUAAACAUCAUACGCAACUUAGCCAGCCACCACCAUAUCAUUCGCAUUUUUGCCACCUAUAUCGGCAAGCGCGAGGUCGGCUUAAUCCUGCAACCUGUUGCAGACGAAGGCGACCUGGAUGCCUUCCUGGACAGAUUCCGAGAGGAUAUGGAGGAGAGCGAAACUUCUGGCGUCCGUCAGGUCGACCAAGCUAAGGUCGCCACUCUCAAACGGGCUUUUGGUUGUUUGGCUGGUGGGCUAGCCUUUAUGCACAAGCAGCGGAUCCGCCAUAAGGACAUUAAACCGCGGAACAUACUCAUUCAUCGCGGCUCUGUUGUUUACACUGAUUUCGGGUACUCUCUCGACUCAAGUCAGACGCUUCAUAGCACGACUGCCGGUCAGCCCGACUUUCUGACACGGAGGUAUUCAGCGCCAGAAGUCCUUGACUAUGGAUCCAGGAACUCCAAAUCGGACGUCUUCUCGUUGGGCUGUGUAUUCAUCGAGAUUCUCUCAGCUCUAGACCAGUCUUUGGAGGUUGAUCCUGGCCAGUGUUUUAAUGAUGCGAUGGACGAUAUCCAUCGUCAGCUGAGUGAGAGCGGUUCCAAUGCGCUAAAGGGCUUUCGAGCAGACCUUUCGGGCGUUUGUGCUUUGAUGACGGCACGGGAACCUGCAGAUCGCUGCACAGCUUCCCAGGUGGUCCUCAAACUCCUACGCAAUUCUGGAUAUUUCUGCAACGGAUGUCAACAAACGGAUUACACCAGGUUCCCCACAGAAUAUCAUCAACGGCAACUGCAAUCGGACCCGGAACAAGCAAGAGCCAUUGGCUUCGACGUCGGAAACCUAUCCACGAUCUUGUCACCGCCGGCGGGUUCAUACCCAGUAUCAGCAGACACACAUCUCUCAUCCGUAGCUUCGGAAAGCUACGCUACUCAAUUGCACACCACAACUUCCGAGAGCCCUAGUCUUACACGAAAGGAGGUUAUAAAAGCUGAAAUUAAUGAUGCAAGUCAAAUGGCAUCAGGUGCUUCAGAAACCGCAGUACCCGAUAAUCAAGUCGCAGUCAUAGGGAGCUUCGUCUGGACCUGGAGUGCGCCACACCAGGAUUUCUACUAUGUCACAAGGGAUGGUCAGGGUGGUUACACAUACCAUUGGUAUAAAGACACGCAAGUCUAUGGGAAGGGGAGUACAUCUUCCUCAUUGGAAACACUUCGCCCUCGUGGUUGCUUUUCGACCGAUUCCUCCCAAACUGCCGAGAGCAGUCAGUCUCUAAGGCCUCAUAUGCCAAAAGGAGUGUCCCCCUAUAUCCGGCAACAACUUCCGGACCUGAUUGUUGGCACACCGGAGAGGGGGUGGUACGAAAAAUUGGACAGCAGUAUAUUUAUUCUAGUAACACAUUAAAUAUUUUGCUCACCAUAACAGAUUAUCGCAUGAGAACUGGGGGAGAGGUAAGGCAAUUCUUCGAAACGGGCAAGGUCUUUGCAACGCUGCACGUCCAAGCAGCGAGCGAGGAAUUGGUAAGAGACGAUCAUGACGUCGUAAAAUAUGGAGAGCGGG